GAAGGACGAUGACAGUUAGUCAGGUUACGAUAGUGAAAACAGUCGAUGAACUAUGGUGAGCUGAGCCCGACUUCAUCGAGUGGCCGCGGUGGUAUGAAAGCAAAACCUAGUGAUCACAAGGGUCUGAGCAGUGACCCUUCUGCUGAGGAAUUGAAAUCUGAAGGUAACAAGCUGUAUCAUGCGCGUAAAUACGACGAAGCGACUCGUUGUUAUUCGAGGGCGAUUCAAAAAAGCCCUAAUGCGCGCGUCUACUUGACGAAUCGCGCUUUAUGCUACAUAAAGCUAAACCGUUGGGAGGACGCAUGUCGAGAUUGUCGCCGGGCGUUGGACAUCGAUUCUACAUCAGUCAAGGCCCAUUUUUUUCUGGGCCAAGCUUUGGUGGAAAUGGAUGUACUGGAAGACGCCAUAAAGCAUCUUCAGCGUGCAAGCGAUCUCGCCCGCGAACAGCAGCUCAAUUUUGGGGACGAUAUCGCGCAUCAACUGCGAGUAGCUCGUCGAAAGAAAUGGAAUGCCAUGGAAGAGAAACGGAUGACAGGAGAAGUGGAACUUCAAGCGUAUUUGAACAGACUUAUCCUGGAAGACAGAGACAAAGAAAUCCAUAGAUUGCGUGGAGACAAAUCGUAUGAUGAAAUUGAUGAUGACGCCGUUGCAUCGAUAGAAAGAGCAGCGGAUUCCAGAACUGCGGAGCUUAACGCUCUCUUCUCGAAGAUGGAUGAACGGCGAAUGAAACGAGAAGUUCCUGAUUAUUUGUGUGGAAAAAUUAGUUUCGAUUUGCUUCGCGAUCCGGUGAUAACUCCUAGUGGUAUCACGUAUGACCGGAAAGACAUCGAAGAGCAUCUGAUGCGUGUUGGACACUUCGAUCCCGUGACUCGAGCCCCGUUGACCCAAGAUCAACUCAUCCCAAACUUAUCGAUGAAAGAGGUCGUGGACGCAUUUUUGAGCGAGAACGAAUGGGCAUUGGACUAUUGA